UAAAAAACUACAACUCCCAGCGUCCCACAGUGUCACACAACAACAAACGAGAGGCAGGCAGCAGCAGCUGGGAGAGAAGGAGUCAGACAGGCUGCGUAAAGAGAAGGAAAGAAAGAGAGAGAGAGGGAGGGAGAGGAUCUGUCUUCACAUCAAUGGAGGAGGAGAAGGAGGAGAAGAAGGAGAAGAAGAAGUGACGGAGAGAAAAUCCGCUCAGAAUCAGAACAUGGCUAAGAACCAGGAGGUGGAGCGCAUCGCCAAAAAGCUGGAUAAAAUGGUGACCAAGAAGAACACGGAUGGAGCUCUGGACCUGCUGAGGGAACUGAAAAACAUCAAGAUGUCUCUGGAGACGCUGCAGUCAACCAGAGUUGGCAUGUCGGUGAACGCGGUGAGGAAACAGAGUUCAGAUGAAGAAGUUCAGACUCUCGCCAAAGGUCUCAUCAAGUCCUGGAAGAAGCUGCUGGACGGUUCAGAGGAGAAGGAGAAGAAGAAGGAUUGCUCUCCUGUGAGGUCCUCGUCCACCUCCAAGGACUCUGGCAGCAGCGAGAAAAGUAAGAAGUCAGGAGAGUCUCCCACCACCCCAACCACACCCACCACACCCACCACCCCCACUACCCCGACCAGCCCGACCACCCCGACCCUCCCACCUCGGACCACCUCCUUCCCCCCGGCCCCCGUCACCACCAACAGCGUGCGGAACAAGUGUCGAGAGCUGCUGGUGGCAGCGCUGCAGACUGACGAUGACCACAAGACCAUCGGCGUGGACUGUGAGCACCUCGCGGCACAAAUCGAAGAGGAGAUCUUCCAGGAGUUCAAGUCCACGGACAUGAAAUACAAAUCUCGUCUACGGAGCCGCAUCUCCAACCUCAAGGAUCAGAAGAAUCCAGACCUGCGGCGUAACGUCCUGUGUGGAAACAUCUCGCCUCAGCGCAUCGCCAGCAUGACUGCUGAGGAGAUGGCGAGCGCAGAGCUGAAGCAGAUCAGAGAGGCUCUGACCAAAGAGUCCAUCAGAGAGCAUCAGCUGUCCAAGGUGGGAGGAACCGAGACGGACAUGUUCAUCUGCAGCAAGUGUCACGGAAAGAACUGCACGUACACACAGGUGCAGACCCGCAGUGCUGAUGAGCCCAUGACCACCUUUGUGCUGUGCAACAGCUGCGGUAACCGAUGGAAGUUCUGUUGAAGAGGAGGUGUGUGUGUGUGUGUGUGUGUGUGUGUGUGUGUGUGUGUGUGUGUGUGUGUGUGUUCUAUCAUGAAACAAACUAAAGUGAAUUGAAUGUGGAUUUAAAAAAUGAAGGUUUUUUUUCUUUAUUUUGUAUAAUUUCUUUUUAUAUAUAAAAACUUAAAGCUGUAAUAUAUUUAGAGGAAAAAAAAAUGCCGGUUCGUGUCGUUUAUUGGUUUGAUUUGUUUUGUACGGAGCACUUAGAGUUUAUUUCUUAUGAUAGACGAUAGAAGCUUUAAGCCAGAUUGAAAUCACAUUGUGGAAACAGUGGAUGUGCCUUUCUUUGCCAUGUUACGCUGCCACAUAUUUUGCCUAUAACAUUUAUAUUAAAGUUGCUCUUGGAUUAAGCCGA